ACAUAGUUGCAAUUUCUGACUUCACGUUCUUCAGAAAUUCAGAUCUCUCUCUUCUUUGCGACUCUAAGCCGCUGUCUAAGACUUUCAAGCUGGCGAGUUGCCUGUGUGGUUCUUCCGUCGGUAUCUUCUCCCUCUGCAACUAAGUAACACACAGUAUGGCGAAAAUUCCCAUAUUUUUUAUGGGGUUCUUCCUUUUUUGGUUGACGGAAGUGUGGGCAAAACCUGAGUACUUGAAAUAUAAAGACCCAAAACAACCAUUGAAUGUUCGAAUCCGUGACCUAAUGGGUAGGAUGAGCCUUGAAGAAAAAAUAGGACAAAUGGUGCAAAUUGACCGAACGGUUGCCUCCAAGGAGGUGAUGAGCAAGUAUUUAAUUGGGAGUAUCCUGAGUGGCGGUGGCAGUGUUCCAGCAAAAGAGGCUUCUCCCAAGGUCUGGAUUGACAUGGUUAAUGAAUUUCAAGAAGGCUCUUUAUCAACUAGACUUGGUAUUCCAAUGAUUUAUGGAAUUGAUGCCGUUCAUGGCCACAAUAAUGUUUAUAAUGCUACCAUUUUUCCUCAUAAUGUUGGCCUUGGAGCUACCAGGGAUCCCAACCUUGUUAAGAGGAUUGGAGCAGCUACUGCACUUGAAGUUCGAGCUACUGGCAUUUCUUACGUCUUUGCACCCUGCAUUGCGGUUUGUAGAGAUCCACGUUGGGGUCGAUGUUAUGAAAGCUAUAGCGAAGACCCUAACAUUGUUCGAGCGAUGACUGAGAUUAUAUCAGGUUUACAAGGAGAGAUUCCAGCGAACUCGCGCAAAGGUGUUCCUUAUGUUGCCGGGAGGGAAAAAGUAGCCGCUUGUGCAAAACAUUAUGUAGGUGAUGGUGGAACCACCAAAGGUAUCAAUGAGAACAACACCGUUGCAAAUAGACAUGAAUUGUUUAGCAUUCACAUGCCAGGUUACUAUAACUCAAUCAUCAAGGGGGUAUCAACUAUUAUGAUCUCAUUCUCUAGCUGGAAUGGAAAGAAGAUGCAUGAGAAUCAAGAUUUAAUUACUGGAUUUCUUAAGAACACUCUCCAUUUUCGGGGUUUUGUCAUCUCAGAUUGGCAGGGUAUUGAUAGGAUCACCUCCCCACCUCAUGCUAACUAUACAUAUUCCAUUAUAGCAGGCAUCACCGCUGGCAUUGACAUGAUAAUGGUUCCAUAUAAUUACACAGAGUUCAUUGAUGGGCUUACCUACUUGGUAAAAAGCAACGUAAUUCCUAUUAGUCGAAUCGACGAUGCCGUGAAGAGAAUUUUGCGAGUGAAAUUCAUCAUGGGUUUAUUCGAGAACCCGUUAGCUGAUUCAACCUUCGUCAAUGAACUCGGCAAAAAGGAGCACAGAGAAUUAGCUAGAGAAGCUGUAAGGAAAUCACUAGUAUUGCUAAAGAAUGGAGAGUCAGCUGACAAACCUAUGAUACCUCUUCCAAAGAAAGCCCCAAAAAUCCUUGUUGCUGGUAGCCAUGCAGACAACCUUGGUUUUCAAUGUGGUGGUUGGACCAUUGAAUGGCAGGGUCUUGGUGGUAACAAUCUUACUUCUGGUACAACCAUUCUUUCAGCAAUUAAGGAUACCGUUGACCCGAAAACAAAAGUUGUGUUUAAAGAGAAUCCGAGCGCACAGUUUGUCAAGUCGAACCAAUUUUCUUAUGCCAUUGUCGUCGUAGGAGAGCCUCCAUAUGCAGAAACCUUUGGUGAUAGCUUAAAUCUAACCAUUUCUGAGCCUGGUCCAAGCACCAUCACGAAUGUGUGUGGUGCUGUCAAAUGCGUCGUUAUAGUAAUCUCGGGUCGGCCUGUAGUUUUGCAACCUUAUGUUGCUGUAAUAGACGCAGUUGUUGCUGCUUGGCUUCCAGGAACAGAAGGUAAAGGCGUUACUGAUGUAUUGUUUGGUGAUUAUGGUUUUAGUGGGAAGCUGUCACGGACAUGGUUUAAGACAGUUGAUCAGCUACCCAUGAACGUUGGUGAUCGACAUUAUGAUCCUCUGUUCCCAUUUGGAUUUGGUCUCACUACCAAUCCUGUUAAAGCCUAUUAG